GUCGUGUCAGUCGGUUGCAUUGGGCGAGUAUAUUUUGAGUUAACUAAUUGAUUUCAUCUAAUUAAAUUAAAGUGAAUCAUUGUGACAUCGAUGCAAUUGUGAUGUGAGCCAUGUUAAUUAUAAUUGUGCCAACAUUAAUUGUAGUGACUUCAAAAUAGGGGGUGUAACAGAAAACAAAAAUGGCUUCGGGAGAUUGUGAUCAUAUAGAAGUGAUGGAACUAUCCAUGACGAAAAAGGCGGAUAUGGCAACAGGCCCGUCUGGUUCCGAGGAUGAUGAUCGCGAUAGACUCUCGAUCGCUGAAAAGAAUGUUCCGUACGAUCCAGCGGUGGGUCCCUCCGGGGCUAUCGGCAAAGUGCACAAAUCCGACCGAAAGAUUGGGCAUCGCCGUGUGGGUGAAGGAGGCGAGAUUACCUAUAAGAAGAUUCAGUCUUCGCAGAUCAUGGGAUCCAUACAAUUGGGAAUCCAACACGCGAUCGGGGGUUUAGCAUCGAAGCCGGAACGUGAUCUCCUCAUGCAAGACUUCAUGACGGUGGAGACAACAAACUUCCCAAGCGAAGGGUCUAACCACACGCCGGCUCACCAUUACUCGGAGUUUAAGUUCAAGACAUACGCCCCUAUCGCGUUUAGGUACUUUCGUGAUCUCUUCGGGAUCCAGCCGGAUGAUUUUUUGAUGUCCAUGUGCAGUGCACCUCUCCGUGAACUGAGUAAUCCAGGUGCAUCUGGAAGCAUCUUCUAUCUCACCAACGACGAUGAGUUCAUCAUCAAGACUGUGCAGCAUAAGGAGGGAGAGUUCUUGCAGAAGCUACUUCCGGGUUACUAUUUGAAUUUGGAUCAGAAUCCGCGUACUCUCCUUCCGAAGUUCUUCGGCCUCUACUGCUACCAAUGCAACAGUAAGAAUGUCAGAUUGGUGGCGAUGAAUAACAUUCUGCCUUCAUCUGUUAAAUUGCAUCAGAAAUAUGACUUAAAGGGAUCGACUUAUAAGCGGAAGGCGAGCAAAUCCGAGCGCGUGAAGAACUCCCCGACAUACAAAGACCUGGAUUUCAUGGAGCAUCAUGCGGAGGGCAUCUUUCUCGAGGCGGACACUUACACGGCGCUCAUUAAGACCAUGCAACGGGAUUGUCGGGUGUUGGAGAGUUUUAAGAUCAUGGAUUACUCUCUUCUCGUGGGAAUACACAACUUGGACGAGGCCCAACGGGAGAAGACCGAUGCGAGAAAGAGGAAUGACUCUCACAGCGAUGACGAGGAUGGAGACAAGAAGGGCCUUAAUAGGACUCGAUCUGAACAAAGUCAGGACGAGUUCAAGGCGCAAGUGAAAAGGACACAGUCUAUAAAUCGCCAGAGGCUCGUCGCACACUCAACGGCCAUGGAGAGCAUUCAAGCGGAGAGCGAACCCAUUGAUGAAGAAGAAGAUGUCCCUCCUGGUGGUAUACCGGCAAGAAACGCGCGUGGGGAGCGUCUCCUACUGUUUAUUGGUAUCAUUGAUAUACUCCAGUCUUACAGACUCAGGAAGAAACUCGAGCACACGUGGAAGAGCAUGAUACAUGAUGGGGAUACAGUUUCAGUGCAUAGACCUAGCUUCUACGCGCAGCGGUUUCUAGAUUUCAUGGCAAAGACUGUCUUCAAGAAGAUACCUUCGUUGGACCUUCCGGAAAUCAAGGGAAAUCAUCGCAAGUUCAGAACGCUCGUCACCAGUUAUAUAGGUCUAACUCUGAAACACUCGCCGUCGAAGAGAAAAAGCAUCGCUAGGCCAGCCAGAGCCAUCGAGGAAGUCGACACGCCAGCCGCACCGUGCUGUUCGACCCCACCACCACCGUUCGAAGAGGCACCACCGAGGACCAGUAGAACCAAUUCCUCUUCAACAACCUCGUCCAGUGCCUCACGACGCCGGGGGGCUUCCAGUGCGAGUGUCAUGACGACGUCGUCGGCUUCGUCUUUGGCACUCACUCCAGCUGCCUUGAGUAGCGCCAGAAGCAAUGAAGCAAGUGUCUGCUGGACUCCUCCAGCAUCUGUUGAGGGAUCGACUCCAACAUGGACCGAGGGUACUCCGAGUUUUACAGAAUCAAGUAGCAGUGAGCAAGGCUACCCGAUGACUCCAGGUCGUGGCGGCACUCCAAACGAAGGUCGAAGGUCGCCACGCCCAGCCCCACCACCGAGAGCCACACCCAUCAACUCUCUCACUACGGAAGUGGUCGAAAUAACGCGUUUGACUUCAGAAACAUCGAUAAGAGUCUCCAGCUAUGAAGUGCAUCAAGUGGAGGAUAAAAGUUAAUUUUUAUGCUUAAUUAAUAGAAUGUUGAAAAACGCAAAGUAUGUAUCGCCAAGUAUUAUAUAUACAAGUAUAGAUAACGCAAAUAUGAAACGUUCAAAUAUAAUAAUGAACAAUAUAUGUAUCUUGUAAUUGUUAGUCGAGUUUAAUAUUGCGUUCUUAAUUUAAAAUGUAGCAAAGUGUCGUGGGGAAGUAAGUUCUUACUUUAAAAUGUUGUGGUGAAAUAAAUUCUUAAUUUUUAAUGUGUGAGGAUUUCAUGUGGAAGUAAAAUCUUAAUUUUAAAUGUAUAAAAAUGUCAUGGGGAAAUAAAUUCUUAAUUUAAAAUGUUUUGGCAGGAAAAUAAAUUCUUAAUUUAAAAUGUUUUGGCGGGGAAAUGAAUUCUCAAUUUAUAUUGUCGUAGGGAAAUAAAUUAAAAUUUUAAAUGUGUGAGAGUGUCAUGUGGAAAUAAAUUCUUAAUUUAAAUUGUCGUAGGGAAAUAAUUUCUUUAUUUAAAAUGUCUUGUCGGGAAAAUGAAUUCUUAAUUUAAAAUGCGUGAGUCAUGUGGAAUUCAUAAUUUCAAAUGUAUACAAAUGUCAUGGGGAAAUAAAUUCUUAAUUUAAAUUCUACACUAUAAUUUUUGACUUAACUUUCCCGCCGAUUUUUAUUUGUCACUCGUGCUUGUGUACUGUGCUCGUGUAGUUUUAUAUUCUAUUUAAGUUUGAUGCUCAAACAUCGGUGUACGGCAACUUUAUUGUAUAUUGGAAUCUCAUUUAAGAUAUUUCUCUUUAAUCUGUGAUUUUUUAAAUUAUUUUUCUUUAUAUUGGAACUUUCGAUCUAAUUUUCUUAUUUUUAAUUUAGCUUCGUACUUAGGCUUCGUUAUUGAUUUAUAUUAAGAUUUAUGUGUACAAAAUAAUUUUAAGCGUAAUUCAUGUAUUUAACGCGCAUUUUAAAUCUUGACACAUGUAUAACGUCAUUGUAUCGUCUUUUGUCACGAGCUAAAUGCCAAAAUACGCAUUUUACCUUGUUUUCAGUAGAGCAGUUACGCAUAGAUAUAGUGAGUGCGCGGAGGUGUCACGUUUUAUAUGUCAAGUGCUAGAUUUACUGACGUAAUCAUUCACAAUGAACACUUUUUGUGUAAUUUUUUUAUUACGACGCGUAAUUUUAUUGAAAUUAUUAACAAUGGUUUUUAUUCACGAAAUCAAAAGUUUUUGAAAGCACUAUAAUUAUUUUGUAGCUGUCAAAAUUUAUUAUUUAAGUCGCUAUUUAUGUUUCAGAAAUAUGAAUUUUCUGAACGCGGUCAUUAUUAAAAAAAUGUUGUCUCUUUCUAGCUAAUAUCGUAAGAAUGAGACGGAUAACCUAUGACUAUGAACCGUUAUAUUCAUGUCUCUUUCCGUUUCGUCUCAGACGAUAGAGACGAUAAAUUCCGCGCUUUAUUCCACUAUAUCUAUAGUGUUUAUAUUAAGCAAUAAUAAUAAGUAUAAUAUAUAACAAUUUGUAUGAAAUGUCAAACUUGCUUGCGGGUCAUGUGACUAGUUUAUAAUAAUAACGUCAACGUCAAAUCAAGUGCUAUUACUACCGAUAUAACGUCAUUCCUGUCCCUGAAUUGUCAAGUUAAUUGUGUGGCGCUUAAUUUGAACAAAACAGAUAUCUAUGGAGCUUUUGACAUGUCAAAUUACGCGCCAUUUCAAACUGACAGUUAGGAUAUGUUGUUGAAUAUCACAAACUAUUUCUUAUAGAUAAUAUAAUCAUGGUUAAUAAUAGCUAGAUGUGUUCUUUUAUAAGAUUUAUACUGUGUUUUACAAUUAUUGGGAAUAACGCCAUCUAGCGGCGGUCCUACAAUAAUAUCGUCAGCUAUGACUAAAAUUAGAUUUAAACUCUUAAAAUGGAAAUUGAUAUUUACCUUAAAUUUAAGAGUUAAAAUUUGAUUCACAAUUUUGUGUUUAAUACAUAUAAUAAUUUAAAAAAUAUUUUCCCGAGUUAGUACUAUAAUAUUGAUUUCGUAAGUAAAAUUAUUUAUCCGAUAUUAACAAAGACAUCAAACUGGAUUAAAAUUCGCGCUUAAAUGCAAAUGAUUAUUUACUUAAAACUGAUGAGUCAUAUUUACAACGCAAGAUGUCAAAUCGACAGCUCUAUUCGCACACAAGUCAUAUCGCUUGGCUCAGGGAACAAAGUCAUAAAGCAUUAUUACGCCUGUUUCAAUCAUAAAUAAAGAGUAGUAAUAAUAUAUCUCUGCUUCACUAAGGUCGUAAUAUUUCCGCGAAAGGAGUGGUAAUACAUUAUUACGUUCUAGACAUUCGUCAAAAUUACCGUCGUAAUCUGCGGUUACUGUUUUAAUCAUAAAAGUGAAUGCGACACUUUAAAAACAAAUAGAGUAGUAAUAAUAUAUCUCUGCUUCACUGAGGUCGUAAUCUUUCCGCGAAAGGAGUGGUAAUACAUUAUUACGUUCUAGACUCGUCAAAAUUACCGUCGUAAUCUGCGGUUACUGUUUUAAUCAUAAAAAUGAAUGCGACACUUUAAAAACAAAUAGAGUAGUAAUAAUAUAUCUCUGCUUCACUGAGGUCGUAAUCUUUCCGCGAAAGGAGUUGUAAUACAUUAUUACGUUCUAGACAUUCGUCAAAAUUACCGUAGUAAUCUGCGGUUACUGUGUCGUCCGUAAUCAUUUUUAAACAUUGAAAUAAUCGUAAUAAAUUACUGUAAUGUACAUUCAGUUAUUUUCACUUAAUACAAAACAAUGUUUUAAUUAUCGAAUACAACUGCUUUAACGACUGUGUUCCUCUGGGUAAGCGAUAUAUAUUUUAUUAAAUAAUUGAACCAUCAGUGAACACAGUAUAAAUCCCAAGCGAGUGUUAACAAAUUGUUGUUAUUUAUUGAAUAAUGUACAAAUUUUUGUAUUCUCGUUGUUUGCUAGUGUCAUGUAAGAAUUCGUACUUAUCUGUGUAUAUCUUGAGAGAUUAAAUGUG